AUGGUGUCGGAGAAGACGGCUUUCGUGGAGCCCAGCACUCCCCAGGAGCUCCCUACUACUCACCACAACCAAAAUCACAAACAGUUCAAUUGCCGUCGCCGGUUCCUACGCGGUUUCCUUUUCGCCUCUCUUGGUUUGACGAUCUUGCACGUCUGCUCGAGGACCACACCGGCUGUCAUCACGAAUCCGGUGGAGCCCGCCAAGAGCGACGUCUGCUUGACGCCGGCAUGCAUCCACGCCUCUUCCGAGAUCUUGUACAAUUUGUCCCCAAACUUCAAAGAGCUUGACCCAUGUACCGACUUUGAGGAGCUCGUCUGUGGGGGCUGGAGAGAGCGUCAUGAUCUCCGACCCGACCAGGGCGAUGCCUUCACUGGCACCAUCAUGUCCGAAAACUCACAGCUCCUCCUCCGUCACAUCCUCGAGGCCCCAUAUCCCAAGUCCUCCAAACACUCCUACUUCUCCCCAAUGCAGCUUGACUCGACCAGCCUUUCUGCUGAUGAGGAAAACUUCAACAAACUGACCGAUGCCUACAAGGCCUGUUUGGAUGAACCCACCAUCAAGGAGCUUGGCAUUGCUCCCCUCGCCAAGAUUGUCGAACAGGUCAAGCAGUCGUUCCCUGUUUCCGACAGCUCAUCAGGCAACGCCCUCAGCGAAACUAUCCUCCUCUUGUCCAGGUAUGGAGUUGCUGGGCUCGUUUCUUCUGGCACGGGGGCUGACGAUGCCGAUCCGGAUGUUGUUGCUGUCUCUGUCGCGCCACCCUGGAGGAUCGGCCUUCCAUCCAAGGAGCGUUACGACGAUGAUGCUCUGGUGAAGAAGUACCAGGGCGUCGUUGUUGAUGUACUCUCCCAGCUCGGUCCCAAAGAGAACAAGGACGUACUCGCUGCCGUUGUCGAUUUUGAGAAGAAGCUUGCUGCCGCUUCGCCAUCGACCGAGGAGCGGCAGGACGUUACUAAAUACUACAAUCCAAUGUCGCUGAAGGACGCAUCGGAACUGGCGCCAAAGAUCGACCUCGAUCACAUCAUCUCCACCCUCGCUUCCAAGAAAAAGGUUGAGCGUUUGAUUGUGGCAUCACCCAAGUAUCUUAAGGAGCUACAGAAGAUCCUCGACGAAACCGACCCCGCCAUUGUGCAAAACUAUUUUGUGUGGAAGGUUGUCCAGGCUUUCUACUCGUAUGUGGACUCUCCUGUAGUGAAGCCGUACAAGGGUUUCGUCAAUGAGCUCGCAGGAAAGGACCCCAACUCUGCCCCUGAGCGCUGGCGCACCUGUGUCAACCACGUCGACGACGGACUUGGUUGGAUCUUGUCUCGCUUCUUCGUCGAGAAGGCCUUCUCGGCGGAAGCCAAGAAGUUUGGUGACCUGAUUGUCUCCGACAUCAAGGACGAGUUUGUCAAGAAGCUCAAGGCUACCGAGUGGAUGGACGACGACACGACCAAGAAAGCCAUUGAGAAGGUCCACAAUAUUGUGCAAAAGAUCGGCUACCCAACCAAGAGCCCCGACAUCAUGGAUCCCGAUAACCUGGCCUCUUACUACAAAACUGUCAAUAUCAGCUCCGAGACUUUCUUCUCCAAUGCUCUUUCGGUCAUUGCCUUUGCCGUCGCCGAUGAGUGGUCAACACUGGGCAAGCCCGUGGAUCGGGAUCAAUGGGGCAUGACGGUCCCCACGGUCAACGCCUACUACAACCCCCCUGGAAACGAGAUUGUGUUCCCCGCUGGUAUCAUGCAGUUUCCAGUCUUUGACGUUGAUGUUCCCGCAUACAUCUCGUACGGUGCCUUUGGCUCCGUCGCAGGACACGAACUUUCACACGCGUUUGACUCGACCGGCCGCCACUAUGAUCAGAACGGUAACUACACUGACUGGUGGUCUGACGGGACUGUCAAGGCAUUUGAAGAACGUACCAAAUGUUUCAUCGAGCAGUACGGCAACUUCAGCAUUCCCGGUCCUGACGACAAACCUCUUCACGUCAACGGCCGACUCACACUGGGCGAGAACAUUGCCGAUGCUGGCGGCCUCUCGGCAUCUUUCCAGGCCUGGAAGCGCCGCUCCGCCCAAAAGCCCAACGCUCACCUCCCUGGCCUGGAGCAUUUCACACAAAGCCAGCUUUUCUUUGUCAGUUACUCCAACUGGUGGUGCGGCAAGUCGCGUCGUGACACUGCCAUUAAUCGCAUAUAUACCGAUCCCCAUGCGCCAAAGUGGGCGAGGAUCCUGGGGACCAUGGCAAACAGCCGGGAGUUCAGGGAGAGCUUCCAGUGCAAGAGCAAGAAGCCCACUUGUGAGCUUUGGUAA